GUACUCCACGGGGAUAUCUGGGGGCUCGAUCGUGAAUCUUUUUCUCUAACUCGCGAAAAAUUUCAUUGAGCAACUCAAUGUGGUAUCUCCUAUUCCAUCUCAUUCAUGAAUGUCGAGCAAAACGAUACGAGGGAGCCUGUGUCAGUUAAAUAAUGCAGGCGGAUGAUUGGCAAAGUUAAGGUGCCACUUCACAGAGCGAAAAAAAGCUAGCGUAUUACAGCCACUCUAUUUCCGCCAAAGAACUAUACAGCGACGAUACCCAUACAGCACAAACCUUGCAAUUACAUUGCAGCUACAUUACAGCAACGUUGCAAUAUUGUAGCAAUGUUAUUGCAAUGUAAUUGCAAGUUUUGUGCUGUACGGGAAGUGAUAACGAGUGACUUUCCGGGAGGAUAUUCGAUACUUAUAUAUAUUCUAGCCAUCCAGACUAAUUAUUAAAGAUAAUUCCGUGAAUUAUUGACCUGCUCAUUUUUCAAAGACUGCCCGUGUUUUUCGUUUUCCAUAUCCCGCCACAUGUAGUAUAUAAGAACGUAUGUGAUGCCGUUUAAUUUUUUUAUUAAAUUAUUCUUGACACAUGUCCACGGUGUUUUGUUUAAAAUUCAGGAAAAUUCAUUAUGAGAGAAGCUACACAGUCGAUGUACUGUAUAUUAUUAGUACAAAUCAGAGAAAUGUAAAAAUAUAUCUCGGGCCCCCGAGAUCACCCUACAAUACCGCUAGACACAUGCCUGUCGAGACAGUCACGUGGUCCGCAACACGUGUGUGGCUCUGUGACAAUGUUGACAAUUAUUGGUCUUCAUCAUUUUCUUGCACCAUCAUUGAUGCAACAUAAAGUGAUGUUAAUACGCUUCUUUGUACAAGUCUGUUGACGAAAUGUCCAGAGGAGAGAUUCUGUUGACGAUGGAAUAGGACAAUUGUGUAAAAUGAGUUUAGACAAUUGUGACGACGACCACGAUGAUGAUAGACCGGAAACACCACCGGAGGAAGAUUGUUGCGGCAGCGGCUGCACGCCGUGUGUCUUCGACGUUCACAAAACGUUGCUGAGAGAAUGGGAGAGUAGAAAGACACGGGCGAGGGCUAAACCAGCCGGCAAUUUGUUAUCCCUUUUAUCUUACAAAGCAUUCGUCGUUGCAAAUGUAUCCGAUACGUCGGAAGAUUACAUUUUACUUUGCUUAGAACACCCAGAUAGCAAAAUAGAGAGCAAUGUUAGCUUACGUCUCACGCCUGGCCAGUACGUCAUGCUACAUUCUUGGAGCAAAUCCCGACCGUACACCCCGAUUGCUUGGACACAGAGGAGUUUAGUUCUCUUGGUAAAAUUAUAUAAACACGGCGAAUUCAGUUUGCUUCUGAAAAACGCGCCGAUCGGCAGUGCAAUUAACGUCAGGGGUCCUUAUGGAGAUUUCAAGUAUGAACGAAACAGCUUUCGGCAGGUCGUCAUGUUUAGCAUCGGCUCAGGAAUAGCAGCGCUUUAUCCCGUCGCUAAAGCGAUCGUCGACGACGAAGCGGAGCUGACAAGAGUACAUCUUGUCGCGGGAUUUAGGUCGGUAGAGCAUGUACCUCUGAAAAAAGAGUUGUCACAUCUAGCGGAUUAUUGGAAUUUCAAAUGUACAUUACAACUGUCCCAGUUAAACGACAAGACGGUCUACCUUCAUGGUUUUAAUAUAAACGCCGGCCGUUUGUGCAAAGCACUCCUUGCCAAUUAUCUUCGAUCUAAUGAUACAGAGACAUCAUUAAUUUUAAUAUGUGGAACCUCAGAGUUCAACCAGUCCACAAAAGAAUGGCUCCAAGAAAUGAAUUAUGCACACAUACAUAUAUUUGAAUGAAAUGAAUAAAUGUUUUAGGAAUUUAA